AUGGUCUCCCUCAUCGCCUUCGACCUCGACGGCACGCUCGCCGAAAGCAAGCAGCCGCUCAAAGACUCCAUGGGCGAAGCGCUCGCCUCCCUCCUCUCCGUCGCCCACGUCGCCGUCAUCUCCGGCGGGGACUGGCCGCAGUUCGAAAAGCAAGUCGCCUCCCGGCUGCCGCCCCACGCCGACCUGUCCAAGCUCUGGCUCCUGCCGACCACGGGCACCAAGCUCUACACGUACGACGCGCCCUCGUCCGCCUGGCGGCCCGUCUAUGCCGAGCUCUUCAGCCCCGAAGAGCGUGCAGACAUCGUCGCCGCCUUCGAAGCCUCGCUCGACGCCACCGGCUUCCAGCCCGAGCAGACGUGGGGCCCCCGCAUCGAGGACCGCGGCAGCCAGAUCACCUUCUCCGCCCUCGGCCAGCACGCCCCCGUCAAGGCGAAAGAGGUGUGGGACCCGGACUUUAAGAAGCGCCACGUCAUCCGCGCCGAUCUGCAGACACGCCUGCCCGGCUUGUCCAUCAAUAUGGGCGGCGCCACGUCCAUCGAUGUCACGCGCAAGGGCGUCGACAAGGCCUACGGCUUGCGCAAGUUGAGCGAGGCGAGCGGCAUCGCGUUGGAAAGGUUCGUGUUCGUGGGCGAUGCCAUUUUUCCGGGGGGGAAUGAUUAUCCGGCAAAAGAGAUGGGUUUGGAGACGGUGAGGGUGAGGGAUCCGGAGGGGACGCUGGCUGCGAUUGCGGCUGUUGUGGCGUGUUUGAGGGUUCGAAAGAGCGAGGGGAUAUGA